GCGGCACACACGCGAUGGCCGCCGCCGCGCAGUACCUGCCGCGCUCCGCCGCGCUCAUGCACCCCGACGGCGACCGGCUGCACCAGGGCACCACGUACCGCGAGGUGCAGAAGAUGAUGCACCACGAGUACCUGCAGGGACUGGCCCCCGCCGCCGGGCACGCCGUCGGGCUGGCGCACCACCAGUGGCUGCCCAGCGCCGGCACGGACUGGGGCAGCGGUGGGGGCGGCGGGGGCGCGCACCUUCCGCCCGCCGAACACGCCAAGGGCGGCCCGCCGGGACCCCGCGAAGAGCUGUCCGCCGCCGCCUUCCACCACCGGCCGCACCUGGUGCACCAGCCGGCGGCGGGCGGCGCGGCGGGCGGCUGGGCGCAGGGCGGCGCGCACCACCUGCCGCCCAUGUCCCCGCCGUCGGGGCAGCCGCUGCUCUACGCGCAGCCCUACGCGGGUCUCAACGGGAUGCUGGGCCCGCCGGCGCCGGCGCUGCACCACGGGCUGCGCGACCCGCUGGGCGCCGAGGAGGCGGGCGGCCACGAGCUGGCGGCAUCGCCGCCGCCGCUGGGGCCGCCCGAGCCGUCGGACGAGGACGCGCCCAGCUCCGACGACCUGGAGCAGUUCGCCAAGCAGUUCAAGCAGCGGCGGAUCAAGCUGGGCUUCACGCAGGCCGACGUGGGGCUGGCGCUGGGCACCCUGUACGGGAACGUCUUCUCGCAGACCACCAUCUGCCGGUUCGAGGCGCUGCAGCUGAGCUUCAAGAACAUGUGCAAGCUGAAGCCGCUGCUCAACAAGUGGCUGGAGGAGACGGACUCCAGCACGGGCAGCCCCACCAACCUGGACAAGAUCGCGGCGCAGGGCCGGAAGCGCAAGAAGCGGACGUCCAUCGAGGUGGGCGUCAAAGGCGCCCUGGAGAACCACUUCCUCAAGUGCCCCAAGCCCUCGGCGCACGAGAUCACCUCCCUGGCGGACUCCCUGCAGCUGGAGAAAGAGGUGGUGCGGGUCUGGUUCUGCAACCGGCGGCAGAAGGAGAAGCGGAUGACGCCGGCCGGGGUCCCGCAUCCCCCCAUGGAGGACGUUUACGCACAGGCGGACACUUCGCCGCUGCACCACGCGCUGCCCGGCGCCGUGCAGUGACUGCCCCGCGGCCCCGACGGCGGCGGGCAGCGGGGGACGCGUUUUAAUUUAUUCUCAGACUGGCCCGGCCGCCCGCUCCGCGCUCUAUUUAUUCGCCCGCCGGAGCCGCAGCGGCCGCCGCAGCAGUAGCCAAAGGUUUGCGAUCUCUAAUUUAUUCCCUUCCUCGCGCGGCCGGGAGGCGGCGGCGCCCCCGGUUCGGCCCCUCCCGCUCUGCCCGGCCCGGCCCGCCCGGGGGGACGCUUCGAAACCAUUUCCCGGCCCGUCUCUAUUUAUUUCUAACCGUGCGCGGAGCUCGCACCCUCCCGUUGGUGGGUUCAGUCCGGUCCAUUCCCUGGGGGUUUCGGUUUUUGUUUGUAUCUCUUAUUGCAAAACCAAUGUAGACUGCGAGGGUACGUUUCUAUUUAUGUUAUAGUAAAUAUUUUAUUACUUACAUAAACCAUUUACCCAGGAA